AUGGAAGAAGAGAAGAGAGACAGGCAGAGGAAAGGCAGAAGUCUGGCGGAUGACCCCCUGCUGAGUCUGCUCUUACAUGCAGGCUGUGUGUUUGUGAGCGAGCUGAUGGCUGACGACAGGAUCUCGUACCUGCAGAGUGGAGUCACGCUGCCUCUCAGCCGGAAACUGGGAAAUUACUCAGAUAUAGAAGCCGCACCGAUAAUUCUCCCGGAGCUGAUCCGAGACCGUCUGACGCCGGUGGAGCAGGUGAUUCUCAUCCAGGGCGGUAAAGAGGAAGAGUGGGCCUGUUGUAUUUUUCUGCUAUCUGACCCCACAGACGACCACACCAGAGUCCGCCUGCAGCUGCUGGAGGGAGACCCCCACUCCGACUACAUCAACGCCAACUACAUCGAUGGGUACCACAGACCCAGACAUUACAUCGCCACACAAGGGCCCAUGCAGGAGACGGUGAGGGAUUUCUGGAGGAUGGUCUGGCAGGAGAACUCGGCCUCCAUCGUCAUGGUUACCAACCUUGUGGAAGUGGGCAGGGUGAAGUGUGUGCGGUACUGGCCCGAUGAGACCGAGGUGUACGGGGACAUCAAGGUGACCCUGAUAGAAACCGAACCACUCGCAGAAUACGUCAUCCGGACGUUCACCGUCCAGAAGAAGGGUCACCACGAGAUCCGCGAACUCCGGCAGUUCCAUUUCACCAGCUGGCCGGACCACGGCGUUCCCUGCUACGCCACCGGGCUGCUGGGCUUCAUCCGACAGGUGAAGUUCCUCAACCCGCCGGACGCCGGGCCCGUCGUGGCGCACUGCAGUGCCGGUGCAGGGAGGACGGGCUGCUUCAUCGCGGUGGACAUCAUGUUGGACAUGGCGGAGACCGAAGGCGUCGUGGACAUUUUCAACUGCAUCCGAGAGCUGAGGUCACAGAGAGUCAACAUGGUGCAGACGGAGGAGCAGUACGUGUUCGUUCACGACGCCAUCUUGGAGGCGUGUCUAUGUGGGAACACGGCCAUACCAGUGUGCGAGUUCAGAGCCAUUUACUACAACAUCAGCAGACUGGACCCGCAGACCAACUCCAGCCAGAUUAAAGACGAGUUCCAGACUCUGAAUAUAGUGACCCCUAGAGUCCGCCCAGAGGACUGCAGCGUGGGUUUGCUACCCAGGAACCACGACAAGAACCGCAGCAUGGACGUCCUCUCAGCGGACCGAUGUCUCCCGUUCCUCAUCUCUGUGGACGGAGAGAGCUCCAACUACAUCAACGCCGCAUUAAUGGACAGCCACAAACAGCCGGCGGCCUUCAUCGUUACCCAGCAUCCUUUGCCAAACACCAUGGGGGACUUCUGGAGGCUGGUGUUCGACUACAACUGCUCCUCCAUUGUAAUGCUCAAUGAGAUGGACGCAGCGCAGUUAUGUAUGCAGUACUGGCCAGAGAAGAGCUCGUGUUGCUAUGGUCCCAUUCAAGUGGAGUUCAUAUCAGCGGACAUCGAUGAAGACAUCAUCAACCGGAUCUUCAGGAUCUGCAACAUGGCCAGGCCACAGGACGGUUACCGCCUGGUGCAGCACUUCCAGUUCAUUGGCUGGCCGGCCUACAGGGACACGCCCCUCUCCAAGCGCUCCAUCCUCCAGUUGGUCCGGAGGCUGGCGAAGUGGCAGGAGCAGUAUGACGGAGGAGAUGGGAGGACCGUGGUGCACUGCCUUACCGGCGGAGGACGCUCUGGAACGUUCUGUGCCAUCUGCAGCAUCAACGAGAUGAUCCAGCAGCAGAACAUCGUGGACGUGUUCCACACCGUCAAAACGCUGAGGAACAACAAGACUAAUAUGGUGGAGACAAUGGAACAGUACAAGUUCUGCUAUGAAGUGGCUCUGGAGGCGCUCAGCUCCUUCUGAUUGGCCGGGGACGCUGCCUGUGCUUGUCAACACGGGGGACACACAAAGUGCACAAGUGCUGUGUGUUGACCUGAAACCCAACCUGUGAGCAUGUGUGCCUCUGUGUGUGUGUGCGUGUGUGUGUGAGAGAGAGUCUGUGUGUGUGUGAGUGGGAAUAAGAGAGAGCAUGCCUGCAUAUCUGAGUGUGUGUGUUUGUGAGUUUGUAUCUAUAUGUGUGCCUGUGACGACACCACACACACACACAACUUGUACAGAAGAGAAAACAAAACUACAAACACACACUGGUGAAUUGUGUGUGUGUGUGUGUGUGUCUGUUUACUUCAGUGACACUGAGGACUUUACCUGCUUGUACAAAGAAAAAAGAAAUAAUAUGUUUAAAAAAAGAAGAAGAUCAGAUGUUUAAAAAGAAAACGCCUCUCUCUCUCUAUCCCUCCCCC